UCCUUCAAUCAAACAAAAAGUUCGAACGUAACCUCACUUUAUCGCACGUGCAGUCCCAAAAUGAAGAAACCACGAAAACCUCUCGCAGUGCCUGCCAAAAAAACGCUCAACCCCUUCGAAGUGCACAUAAACAAACAAAAAAUGACGGUUUUAGGCCGGAAGACGAAAAACGACCGCGGUCUGCCCGGAGUGUCUCGAGCCAAAGCUCUGAAAAAACGCAAAGACACCCUUCUACAAGAGUACAAACUGCAGCACAAGUCCAACAGAUUCACGGAUAGACGAAUCGGUGAGCGGAAUCUAAAUAUGACCGACGAGGACAAAGUGGUGGCUCGGUACACCGCCAUUCGCAAGAAAGCCCACAAAAAGUCCAUUUUUAAUCUAGCGGACGACGAAGUUUUGACUCACAAAGGACAAACUCUGGCGGAAAUUGAGAAAUUCGAGGAUCCUCGAUCAGAUGAUGAGGAUAGUUUAGAAGAGGGUAAGUCUGGGAAUCUUGACGCCAAUUUUGUGGAAGAUGCGCAUUUCGGGGGCGGAAUUUUGCGGAAUACGGGGAAAGAAGGGGCGAAGACGCAUCGGGAGCUCAUCGAUGAGUUGAUAGCGGAGUCGAAGAAGCGAAAGGCUGAAAAACAGAAGGUGAAGGAGGCUACACUUGAACUCACUGAGAAGUUGGAUACAGAGUGGAAGGAUUUGCUACCUUUGGUUAGUAAAACUCAGAAGAAAGAUGAAGAAAAGACGGCGGUUGAUGAUUAUGACAAGGUGAUGAGGGAACUGAAAUUUGAAGCAAGGGGUACGGUGUCAGACAGGUUGAAGACUGAAGAUGAAAUAGCUAGAGAAGAAAAUCAGAAACUUGAAGAACUAGAACAGGAGAGGCAGGAGCGGAUGAAAGGGUUUGAAGAAGCAGAAAAGAAGAAUACGCACCGAAGCGCUGAUGAUUUAGACGACGAUUUAGUGUAUGAGUCUGAUCCAGAAUAUAUGUUGAGUUAUAACACAGAAGGGGAAGCUAAUUUGGAAAUAGAUGCUCAGAUUAAUGGCAAAAAUGUGGGUGAGAGUCACGACGAUGACGAAGAAGAAGCUGAAAACGAAGAAGAGGCCGACGACGAAAGCGCAGAAGAAGAUGACGACGCUAGUGAAGAAGACGAUAAUUUAUCAGAUCUUAAGGAUGACACAAGUGAAGACAGCGACGUUGAAGAGACACAAGAGACGGAACCGCGAACUAUUGAACCUGAUGGUGACUCUCUUAAAAAACAAGAAAUGAUGGAGAAAGCGAGACAAGAACUUCCUUACACUUUCAACUUACCAGACUCCUAUGAAUCUCUGCAAUCAUUGUUAGAAAAUCAAACCCCUAGUCACCAAGGUGUGAUUAUUGAAAGAAUGAUCAAAUGCAACCACCCGAGUCUUGCUGAAAAAAACAAACAAGGUCUUAAAGUACUUUUUGCUUAUUUAUUGCAACACUUGAAUGAUUGUGCAGAAGAUUCCAUGGAGAAAUGUUACACAACUUUUUCGGUUUUGACCCCACACCUUUUUGAUUUGACUCAAUUAGAUAAAGAAAAUGCGUAUCAUUCAAUCAAGGAAGUGAUCAAAGAGAAACAUGAAGAGUUUAGAAAAAACAAGAAAAAAUACCCCGGCUUGGAAAUUUUAAUUUUCUUAAAACUUGUCAGUUUGUUGUUUCCCACGUCGGAUUUUCGACACCAGGUUGUGACUCCGUGUUUUGUUUUUAUUGAACAGAUGUUGUACAAAUGUAGGAUAAAGUCUAGGAAAGAUAUAGCGUAUGGACUGUUUCUAGUGACUUUGGUUUUAGAGUAUACUACGUUAUCAAAACGAUAUCUACCGGCAGCGAUUAAUUAUCUAGGAGGUAUUUUACACAUGGCUGUUCCUAAAAUCGGGGUGAAAUUGAUCAAAGUUAACCCACCUUUCCAGCCAACUACAAAUUCGUUAGUUCUAUUUAAUGACUGUACUAGUGAAGAUAGUAGUUUAAAAAUGCGCUUAUCAGAUUUAGCAGAGGAAAAAAUCGACGAUUUAUUCAAAAUUAGGGUUUUAAAUACAACCCUCAAAUUAAUUGAGGAAUUUGACAAUAACUUUUCAGCCCUCCCUUCAAAUUUGGAAAUUUUUAAAGACAUUCUCGCGUAUAUGGAACUAUUACCAACACGAAAUUACCCUCAAAAAGUGUGUACGCAGUUUGAGAGAACCUCCCAACAAUUAAAAAGUAGAAGAAGCGAUAAAAACCUAGAUUAUGUAGUAAUGCCGGCGAAACGACCCAAGGCUUUACGUUUAUAUGAACCGAAAAUCGAGGAAGUUUUCGACGGCAAGAGACGGAAAGUUCAGUCUAAAGAAAAAGCCGAACGUGAUAAACUUUUACAUAAACUUAAGAAGGAAACCAAGGGGGCUUUGCGUGAAAUUCGAAGAGAUAAGUCGUUCCUUGGACGCGUUAAAAUUCAACGACGCAUGCAAAGUGAUAAUGAGAGGAGGGAGAAGGUUAAGAGGAUUUAUUCAGAGGCUGCAAUGCAACAGAGUGAACUGAAUAGCUUGGAGAGGAAGAAUAAACGAAAAAAGUAGAGUGAAAGAUCAAGACUGAGGUGAUACAAAUAUUUUGUAAUUGUGAAGUGAAAAUUUUUAUAUUAUUAUAAUUGUAAGAUAAUUUGCCAGAGAAUGAUUACUGGGAAAUAUAUAGUGUAAUGUAUAGCCUCUAGAAAUACAGGUAUUUCUAGGGGCUAUAAUGUAAUGUAUUAAUAAACGUUUUAUUUGAAAA